CCGCUGCUGCCAGUUUGCAUACCUCUGCUAACCAAACCAAGCUAACCUGAUUCCAUUCAUGCCAUUCAUGACAAGGUUCUACCCACAUUAUUCACUAGUGUUCUCCAGGCCAGCGGUAACCAGAACAGCAGUCAUCUGCCAUGGCAGACUCCCAAGACCAUGGAAUGAGGUUCCUGGAGGGACACAAGGAACAGAUCAUAGAGAGGGUAAGAUGGCCCUGGCCCAUAUUGGAUGCUGUGGUCUCACGCCAUCUGAUUGGAGAGGAGCUGGCACAGAGGGCCCAGGCUGCUGUGAGCCCUCAAGGUGUGAUGAGGGCCCUUUUUGAGGCCCUGGAAGCUGAAAUAUUGCAGCAGAGAGACACCUUCUUCCAAAUAUUGAAGGAUGCCGAACCUGAUCUCAUCCAUGAGUUGGAACAGAGGGACGCAGAGCACAAGGAUGAAGAGGUUCAGAUACCGAUGGAACAGUAUGAAGACACCAAGGAAGAGGAGAAAAUAAAGGCCAAGCCACAAACCAAGAAGGAUGCCCUGAAGAGAAGGAGAGAGGAAACAAUCAGAGCAAUUGAACAAAUAGAAAGGCUCUGGGAAGCCACUAAGAAAGAGGUGAGCGAGCUGGAGCAGACGAGUGGGCCAAGGGUGAGGAUUGAGAGACAAGAAGAAGAAAUAAAAAUCAUAUUGGAGGAGAAGAGACAGCUGGAAAACAGGACCGAGCAGAUGAAGGUCGAAAUGCAAAACAUGAAGGAGGAGACAAGGCACGAGAGGGAAAGGAUUAAAGCAGAGUUACAGGCAGAAACAGACACACUAGAGAAAAGAAGAGAAGAGAUGAGAAGAGAGAGAGAAGAUCUGGAGUUGAUCAAGCAGGAUGUGCUGAGAGCGAGGGAAGAGAUGGAACAAAGCAAUGAAGCCACCAAACGGGAGAAGGACAAGAUGGAAGAGAUGAAAUCUGAGAUACAGAGACAGAUUGAGGAAAUAGAGCAGGGGAUUGAAGAGACCAAACAUGCAAAAGACAAUAUGAAUCAUAUGAAGGUGGAGCUGCAGAGAGAGAGAGAGGAUCUUGAGAGAAGAAGAGAAGACACCAACAAGCAAAAAGUACAGCUUGAACAGAUCAAGUGGGAAAUCAACAGGGUUAAAGAAGAGAUGGAAAAAAGAUGGAAUGAGACAGAGAAAGAAGAGCUUGAACGAAGAGCUUGGAUGCAGAGAGGGUGGGAAGAACUGGAACAGAUGAGGGCUGAGAUGCAGAGAGCCAAAGAACAGCAAGUAGAAAGUAGAGAAAUUAUAAAACGAGAGAAAGACAAGCUUGAAAAAAUGAAAACUGACAUAAGCAGAGAAAAAGAUUCCCUGGCAAGAAGUAGAAAUGAGGCACAAAGAGAUAAAACAGAAUUGCAGCAGACAAAGUACAUGAUACACAGAGAAAAAGAAGAGAUUGAACGAAAGAGAGAAGAAAUUGAACGGGAAAAUUACAAGAUGCAAGAGAUAAAGGCUGCAAUGCAGACUCGGAUGGAAGCAACAGAAAAUGCGAUUAUGCAGUUGAAGCAAGAGAAUGCCAGGAUGCAAGAGACAAAGGCAGAGAUGCAGAGGGCAAAAGAAGUGUUAGAAAAACAAAGGGAUGAGACGAGGAGAGCAAAGGAAGGGCUAGAGAAACGACGGUAUGAGACUGUGAAAGAAGAGUUGGAGCAGAGAGCUGAAAUACAGAGAGAGAAAGAAGAGAUGGAACAGAUCAAAUCUGAGAGGCAGAGAGCACAUGAACAGGUGGAAAGAAUUAGAGCUGAAAAAGAAAAAGAGCUUGAACAGGAAAAAAGAGAGAUAAAUCGACGGUGGCACAAUAUUGAACAAAUACAAGGCCAAUUACAAACAGAGAAAGAUGCCCUGAAGAGAAGAGGAACUGAGACAAGGAGAGAACGAGAAGAGUUGGAACUGAUGAAGAAUGAGAUCCAGAGAUCCAGAGAAGAGAUGGAACAAAGCAGGAAAUUUACCAAACAAGAAAAGGACAAGAUUGAAGACAUGAAAUCUGAGAUACAGAGACAGCUAGAGGCAAUAGAGCACAGAAUUGAAGAGACCCAACAAGCCAAAUACGAGAUGGAUCACAUGAAGUUGGAGAUGCAGAGAGAGAGAGAGGAUUUGGAGAGAAGAAGGGAUGAGACAAAGAAAGAUAAGGAACAACUUGAACAGAUCAAGCAAGAGAUUUUUAGAGUGAAAGAGGACAUGGAAAAGAGGUUGGUUGAAGUUGAGAAAGAGGAGCUGGAACACAGAGAUGGAAUACAAAAAGAAAGGGAAGAGCUUCAGGAGAUGAGGGCUGAGAUCCAGAGCACCAAAGAACAGAUAGAAGAAAAAAGGGAAGUGACAAAGCAAGAGAGAGAUGAGUUUCAGAAAGUGAAAGCUGAGCUAAAAGUACAGAGCGAAAUCCUAGAGAAAAGAAUAAUGGAGACCACAAUUGAAAAAGAAGAGUUGGAACAAAUCAAAUGUGAGAUGCUGAGAGCAAACGGAGAGAUGGAACAGAACAGAAAAGUGAUGGAGCUUGAGACGGACCAAAUAAAACUGAUGGAAGCCGAGAUACAAAAAAAGAUGUCAGAACUAGAUAACAGUCUUCAAGAAGCCAAGCAAGAAAAAUACAAAAUAGAACAGAUGAAGGCUGAGAUACAGACUGAAAAAACGAUGUUAGAAAAGCAACGCGACGAGGCGGGGAUAGCAAAGGAACAGAUGGUAAAAAGACGGUAUGAGACAAUGAAAGAAGAAAUGGAACAGAGAGCUGUGGUGGAGAGAGAGAAACAAGAGCUUGAACAGACAAGGUCUGAGAUACAGAGAACAAGAGUAGAGAUGGAAAACUUAACAGACAGGACGAAAAAAGACCUAAAACAGAUGAGGGAACAGGCUGUUCGAGAGAGGGACAGGAUUGCACAAAUGAAAGCAGACACACAGGUGGAGAGGGAUGCUCUGGAGAGGAAAAAAGAUGAGAUGGCAACAGAGAGAGAAGAUCUAGAAAUUAUGAGGAAUGAGAUAACGAGAGCAAGGGAAGAGAUGGAAAAAGACAAGAGGGAGACAAAACAAGAAAAGGACAAGAUGGAUCAGAUGAAAUAUGAGAUUCAGAGACAGAUAAAGGAAAUGCAAGAAAAUAUGGAGCAUGCAAGACAAGCAAAAUACAAGAUGGAGCAGAUGACAGUAGAAAUGCAGGGGGAAAGAAAGCAUUUAGAGACAGAGAAAGUGCCAUUUGAACAGGUCAAAUAUGAGAUUGAAAAAGUGAAAGAACAGGUGCAGAAAUUUUGGGAUGAAACUGAGAGGGAAAUGCUGGAGGAGCAGGCCAGGUUGCAGAGCGAGAAAGAUGAGUUGGAAAAAAGGAUGGAAAAACUGAGGAAAGAAUUUAAUGAGAUGGAAAAGACAAAGUCUGAGCUUGUGAGACAGAAAGAAGAUAUCGAAGCGAGGAUGGAAAAGACAAACAGGGAAUUGGAAAAAAUCAAAGAGCAGAGGGCUGAGAUAGAAAGGCAGAAAGAAGAACUUGAAAGAAGGAUUGAAAGAACAAAAGAAGAGAAGGACAAGAUGGAAAAGAUGAUGGGUGAGAUACAAAGACAGACAGAAGAGUUGGAACAGAGGUUGGAAAUCAUAAAGACUGAGAAAGAUGACAUGGAAGUGAUGAAAGCUGAAUUACAGAGACAGAGAGAGGAACUACAAAAGCAGAGAGAGGAACUACAAAAGCAGAGGGAAGAACUACAAAAGCAGGGAGAAGACUCCAUGAGGGAGAGAGAUGCUUUUGAAGACAUGAAGGCUGAAAUAUUGCAAGCAAAAGAACAAAUGGAGGAAGCCAAAGAAGAGAUGAGAAAGGAAAAGGAUAAAAGGGCUGUGAUGCUGCUUGAGUUCAAAAGAACAGACGAAAUAGAACAGGCAAGGAAAGACAUAAAGACAGAGAAGGAUGAGGUGGAACAGAAGAAGACAGAAAUUAAAGACCAAAAACAGGAGAUUGAAAGCACAAUGGAGACUAUUGACUAUAAGAGUGAAGUGGAAAUGGAAAGGGCAGACUUGCAAAGAUGGAGAGAAGUACUGAAUAAAAAGAGCAGUGAGAUAAGGAGGGAGAAGAUGGAGAUUGAAGAUAUGAAGGCUGAGAUGCAACAACAGAAAGAAAAAAACAUGAAAGAUACAGAACAUGUGCAAAGGAUGUUGCGUGAAGUGGAUCAACAGAAAGAAGACCUUGAAAUAAGAAUUGCAGUGGUGAAGGCAGAGGAGGACAAAAUGGCAAAUCAGAUGGUUGAUUUUGAGGAAAAAAAUAAAGAAGUGGAUAAAUGUCUGGUAGAUAUAAUGAGGGAGAAGGAUGGCAUCAAACAAAUGAAGGCAGAUUUGAAAAAACAAAAAGAUGACCUGGAAAACAGGGUGAUAGCCAUAAAGAAAGAGGAGGACAUGACAGCAAUGAGUGUGGCUAAAUUAGAAAGUCAGAAAAUAGAUUUGAAAACCAAGGUAAGGAAAGAGAAGGAUGAGGUGGAGAUUAGCAUGGCUGAUUUAGAAAGAGAAGAAGAAGACUUUGGAAGAACUAAAUCAAAAAUUGGGAAGGAAAAAGAAACCACUGAAAAGCUGAAAUCUGAAAUAAAAGAUGAUCUGGAAAACAAAAUAGUAGAGAUAAAACCUGAAAAGAAAGAAACAAGGAUGGGAGAAGGAACGGCAGGAGUCAUGAGAGAAAUAGAUACAGUUGAUUUACUCAAGGUGGAGAUUGAAAGAGAGAAAGACAAUCUGGAAAUCAAGUUGCAAGAGAUGAUGGCAGAGAAGGAAAAGAUGGAUAUAAUUCAGGCUGACCUUGAAAAACAGAGAGAAAGCCUGAAAAACAAACUGGAAGAGGUGAGUAUCAAGAAGGAUGAGCUGGAAAUAAUCAAGGCCAAUUUACAUGGUCAAAAUGAACACAUUAAAAGAACAAUGGCAGAAAUAGAAAGUGAAAAGGAAAUGAUCAACCAAAUGAAAGCUGAAGUAAAAUCACAGAAAGAAUAUGUCGAAAAAGGAAUAAAAGAUAUUCGAAAAAAAGAAAAAGAGGUGGCCAUGGUCAUGGUGGACAUUGAAAGACAGAAAGAAGGAAUGGAAAAAACCAGGAUAGAGAUCCUGAGAGAAAAGGAUGAUGUUAGUCGGGCAAAGGCUGAGAUGAAAAGAUGGAAAGAAGACUUGGAAAACAAAUUUGAAGAAAUUAGAAAGGAGAAGGAAAUGAUGCAUACCAGUUGGGCUGGCCUACAGAACGAGAAAGAUGAAAUUGAAGAAAGUAGGAGAGACAUUGCUUCACAGAAGGCUGAUAUUGAUCAGGUAAAAAAUGAUAUUGAACAACAGAAAGAAAAAAUUGAAAACAGACUGGAAGAGAUGAGAAAAGAGAAUGACACAUUGCAGCAGAUGCGUCUUGACAUUGAGAAAGAGAAGGAUGAAAUGAAAGAAAACAAGGAAAUGGUAACAAGGGAGAAGACUGAGAUUGAAAUGAUCAAGGCUGAGAUACAACAACAGAAUGAAAAGAUUGUGAAGGAAACAGAAAAUCUGGAAAGAAUGAAGGAUGAAAUAGUCCAACAAAAAGAAGAGGUGGAAAUCAUGAUGGCUGAGACGAAAAAGAAUGAAACACUAAACUUAAUGAAAGCUGACUUUGAGAAACAGAAAAAAGAAAUGGAUAAAAUCUGUGAGCAGCUAAAAAUAGACAAGCAAGAUGUUGAGAAGCUGGAUGUCGAUAUAAAGAAACAGAAAGAAGAGCUUGAAUGUAAAAGCAAAGAAAUCAAUGAUGACAAGGACAAAAUUGAUGUGAUUCUACUUGAUUUGGAGAAAAGGAGCAAAGACGUGGAUAAGUACUUUGAGGAGAUAAUGUCAGAAAAAGUUGUCAUUGAACAGAUGAGGAUUGACAUGAAAAAACAAGAAGAUGAUCUGGAUAAAAGGAUGACAGACAUGAAAAAAGAAGAGUACAAGUGUAGUAUGGCUGUGGCUGACAUAGAUAGACAGAAAGAAUUGAUAGAAGAAAGCUUGGCUAAGAUCAUGAAAGAACAACGUGAUAUUGAGUCAGUAAAGGUUGAUGUGAAAAGACAGAAAGUAGACCUGGGAAACAGGCUGGAGGAGAUUAAAACAGAGAAGGAAAAGAUUGAUAUUAUUAAGGCUGACCUACAGAAAGAGAAAGAAGAGAUUGGAGAAAGCAGAAGAGACGUUGCUUGGCAGAAAGCUGAUAUUGAAAAGCUGAUAACUGAUAUUCAUCAACAAAGAGAUGACCUAAAGAACAAAUUGGAUGAGAUGAGGAAAGAGAAAGACAUGUUACAGAAGAUGCAUCUUGACAUUCAAAAAGAGAAAGAUGAAAUUAACAAAAAUAAAGAAGAGGUGGCAAGGGAGAAGGCUGAGAUUCAGAUGAUUAAGGUUGAGAUACAACAACAGGAAGAAAAGGUGAUGAAUGAGGCAGAGAAAGUGGAAAGGAUGAUGGGUGAGAUAAUCACACAGAAAGAAGAGCUUGAAAUGGAAACUGCAGGAAUACAGACAGAGAAGGACAACAUGACAAAGACUAAGGCUGAUUUGGAGAGAAAAAGCAAAGAUGUGGAUAAACACCUAGAGGAAAUAAUGUUGAAAAAAGCAAGCAUUGAACAUACAAAGGCAGAUUUGAAAAAACAAGAAAAUGCCCUGGAAAGCAGGAUGGCAAACAUAAACAAAGAGGAGGACAGGAUUGAGAUGAUUGUGGCUGACCUUGAAAAAAAGAGAGAAAGCCUGAAAAACAGACUGGAAGAGAUGAGAAAAGAGAAUGACACAUUGCAGCAGAUGCGUCUUGACAUUGAGAAAGAGAAGGAUGAAAUGAAAGAAAACAAGGAAAUGGUAACAAGGGAGAAGACUGAGAUUGAAAUGAUCAUGGCUGAGAUACAACAACAGAAUGAAAAGAUUGUGAAGGAAACAGAAAAUCUGGAAAGAAUGAAGGAUGAAAUAGUCCAACAAAAAGAAGAGGUGGAAAUCAUGAUGGCUGAGACGAAAAAGAAGAAUGAAACACUAAACUUAAUGAAAGCUGACUUUGAGAAACAGAAAAAAGAAAUGGAUAAAAUCUGUGAGCAGCUAAAAAUAGACAAGCAAGAUGUUGAGAAGCUGGAUGCCGAUAUAAAGAAACAGAAAGAAGAGCUUGAAUGCAAAAGCAAAGAAAUCAAUGAUGACAAGGACAAAAUGGCUGUAAUUCUACUUGAUUUGGAGAUAAGGAACAAAGACGUGGAUAAGUACUUUGAGGAGAUAAUGUCAGAAAAAGUUGUCAUUGAACAGAUGAGGAUUGACAUGAAAAAACAAGAAGAUGAUCUGGAUAAAAGGAUGACAGACAUGAAAAAAGAAGAGUACAAGUGUAGUAUGGCUGUGGCUGACAUAGAUAGACAGAAAGAAUUGAUAGAAGAAAGCUUGGCUAAGAUCAUGAAAGAACAACGUGAUAUUGAGUCAGUAAAGGUUGAUGUGAAAAUACAGAAAGUAGACCUGGGAAACAGGCUGGAGGAGAUUAAAACAGAGAAGGAAAAGAUUGAUAUUAUUAAGGCUGACCUACAGAAAGAGAAAGAAGAGAUUGGAGAAAGCAGAAGAGACGUUGCUUGGCAGAAAGCUGAUAUUGAAAAGCUGAUAACUGAUAUUCAUCAACAAAGAGAAGACCUAAAGAACAAAUUGGAUGAGAUGAGGAAAGAGAAAGACAUGUUACAGAAGAUGCAUCUUGACAUUCAAAAAGAGAAAGAUGAAAUUAACAAAAAUAAAGAAGAGGUGGCAAGGGAGAAGGCUGAGAUUCAGAUGAUUAAGGUUGAGAUACAACAACAGGAAGAAAAGGUGAUGAAUGAGGCAGAGAAAGUGGAAAGGAUGAUGGGUGAGAUAAUCACACAGAAAGAAGAGCUUGAAAUGGAAACUACAGGAAUACAGACAGAGAAGGACAACAUGACAAAGAUUAAGGCUGAUUUGGAGAAAAAAAGCAAAGAUGUGGAUAAACACCUAGAGGAAAUAAUGUUGAAAAAAGCAAGCAUUGAACAUACAAAGGCAGAUUUGAAAAAACAAGAAAAUGCCCUGGAAAGCAGGAUGGCAAACAUAAACAAAGAGGAGGACAGGAUUGAGAUGAUUGUGGCUGACCUUGAAAAACAGAGAGAAAGCCUGAAAAACAGACUGGAAGAGAUGAGAAAAGAGAAUGACACAUUGCAGCAGAUGCGUCUUGACAUUGAGAAAGAGAAGGAUGAAAUGAAAGAAAACAAGGAAAUGGUAACAAGGGAGAAGACUGAGAUUGAAAUGAUCAAGGCUGAGAUACAACAACAGAAUGAAAAGAUUGUGAAGGAAACAGAAAAUCUGGAAAGAAUGAAGGAUGAAAUAGUCCAACAAAAAGAAGAGGUGGAAAUCAUGAUGGCUGAGAUGAAAAAGAAGAAUGAAACACUAAACUUAAUGAAAGCUGACUUUGAGAAACAGAAAAAAGAAAUGGAUAAAACCUGUGAGCAGCUAAAAAUAGACAAGCAAGAUGUUGAGAAGCUGGAUGUCGAUAUAAAGAAACAGAAAGAAGAGCUUGAAUGUAAAAGCAAAGAAAUCAAUGAUGACAAGGACAAAAUGGCUGUGAUUCUACUUGAUUUGGAGAAAAGGAACAAAGACGUGGAUAAGUACUUUGAGGAGAUAAUGUCAGAAAAAGUUGUCAUUGAACAGAUGAGGAUUGACAUGAAAAAACAAGAAGAUGAUCUGGAUAAAAGGAUGACAGACAUGAAAAAAGAAGAGUACAAGUGUAGUAUGGCUGUGGCUGACAUAGAUAGACAGAAAGAAUUGAUAGAAGAAAGCUUGGCUAAGAUCAUGAAAGAACAACAUGAUAUUGAGUCAGUAAAGGUUGAUGUGAAAAGACAGAAAGUAGACCUGGGAAACAGGCUGGAGGAGAUUAAAACAGAGAAGGAAAAGAUUGAUAUUAUUAAGGCUGACCUACAGAAAGAGAAAGAAGAGAUUGGAGAAAGCAGAAGAGACGUUGCUUGGCAGAAAGCUGAUGUUGAAAAGCUGAUAACUGAUAUUCAUCAACAAAGAGAAGACCUAAAGAACAAAUUGGAUGAGAUGAGGAAAGAGAAAGACAUGUUACAGAAGAUGCAUCUUGACAUUCAAAAAGAGAAAGAUGAAAUUAACAAAAAUAAAGAAGAGGUGGCAAGGGAGAAGGCUGAUAUUCAGAUGAAUAAGGUUGAGAUACAACAACAGGAAGAAAAGGUGAUGAAUGAGGCAGAGAAAGUGGAAAGGAUGAUGGGUGAGAUAAUCACACAGAAAGAAGAGCUUGAAAUGGAAACUGCAGGAAUACAGACAGAGAAGGACAACAUGACAAAGACUAAGGCUGAUUUGGAGAGAAAAAGCAAAGAUGUGGAUAAACACCUAGAGGAAAUAAUGUUGAAAAAAGCAAGCAUUGAACAUACAAAGGCAGAUUUGAAAAAACAAGAAAAUGCCCUGGAAAGCAGGAUGGCAAACAUAAACAAAGAGGAGGACAGGAUUGAGAUGAUUGUGGCUGACCUUGAAAAACAGAGAGAAAGCCUGAAAAACAGACUGGAAGAGAUGAGAAAAGAGAAUGACACAUUGCAGCAGAUGCGUCUUGACAUUGAGAAAGAGAAGGAUGAAAUGAAAGAAAACAAGGAAAUGGUAACAAGGGAGAAGACUGAGAUUGAAAUGAUCAAGGCUGAGAUACAACAACAGAAUGAAAAGAUUGUGAAGGAAACAGAAAAUCUGGAAAGAAUGAAGGAUGAAAUAGUCCAACAAAAAGAAGAGGUGGAAAUCAUGAUGGCUGAGAUGAAAAAGAAGAAUGAAACACUAAACUUAAUGAAAGCUGACUUUGAGAAACAGAAAAAAGAAAUGGAUAAAACCUGUGAGCAGCUAAAAAUAGACAAGCAAGAUGUUGAGAAGCUGGAUGUCGAUAUAAAGAAACAGAAAGAAGAGCUUGAAUGUAAAAGCAAAGAAAUCAAUGAUGACAAGGACAAAAUGGCUGUGAUUCUACUUGAUUUGGAGAAAAGGAACAAAGACGUGGAUAAGUACUUUGAGGAGAUAAUGUCAGAAAAAGUUGUCAUUGAACAGAUGAGGAUUGACAUGAAAAAACAAGAAGAUGAUCUGGAUAAAAGGAUGACAGACAUGAAAAAAGAAGAGUACAAGUGUAGUAUGGCUGUGGCUGACAUAGAUAGACAGAAAGAAUUGAUAGAAGAAAGCUUGGCUAAGAUCAUGAAAGAACAACAUGAUAUUGAGUCAGUAAAGGUUGAUGUGAAAAGACAGAAAGUAGACCUGGGAAACAGGCUGGAGGAGAUUAAAACAGAGAAGGAAAAGAUUGAUAUUAUUAAGGCUGACCUACAGAAAGAGAAAGAAGAGAUUGGAGAAAGCAGAAGAGACGUUGCUUGGCAGAAAGCUGAUGUUGAAAAGCUGAUAACUGAUAUUCAUCAACAAAGAGAAGACCUAAAGAACAAAUUGGAUGAGAUGAGGAAAGAGAAAGACAUGUUACAGAAGAUGCAUCUUGACAUUCAAAAAGAGAAAGAUGAAAUUAACAAAAAUAAAGAAGAGGUGGCAAGGGAGAAGGCUGAGAUUCAGAUGAAUAAGGUUGAGAUACAACAACAGGAAGAAAAGGUGAUGAAUGAGGCAGAGAAAGUGGAAAGGAUGAUGGGUGAGAUAAUCACACAGAAAGAAGAGCUUGAAAUGGAAACUGCAGGAAUACAGACAGAGAAGGACAACAUGACAAAGACUAAGGCUGAUUUGGAGAGAAAAAGCAAAGAUGUGGAUAAACACCUAGAGGAAAUAAUGUUGAAAAAAGCAAGCAUUGAACAUACAAAGGCAGAUUUGAAAAAACAAGAAAAUGCCCUGGAAAGCAGGAUGGCAAACAUAAACAAAGAGGAGGACAGGAUUGAGAUGAUUGUGGCUGACCUUGAAAAACAGAGAGAAAGCCUGAAAAACAGACUGGAAGAGAUGAGAAAAGAGAAUGACACAUUGCAGCAGAUGCGUCUUGACAUUGAGAAAGAGAAGGAUGAAAUGAAAGAAAAUAAGGAAAUGGUAACAAGGGAGAAGACUGAGAUUGAAAUGAUCAAGGCUGAGAUACAACAACAGAAUGAAAAGAUUGUGAAGGAAACAGAAAAUCUGGAAAGAAUGAAGGAUGAAAUAGUCCAACAAAAAGAAGAGGUGGAAAUCAUGAUGGCUGAGAUGAAAAAGAAGAAUGAAACACUAAACUUAAUGAAAGCUGACUUUGAGAAACAGAAAAAAGAAAUGGAUAAAACCUGUGAGCAGCUAAAAAUAGACAAGCAAGAUGUUGAGAAGCUGGAUGUCGAUAUAAAGAAACAGAAAGAAGAGCUUGAAUUUAAAAGCAAAGAAAUCAAUGAUGACAAGGAC